UUGUUUUCACUUUGUUGGGAUACAAGUGGCAAAUAACGUGUGACUGUUUUUGAGUGUUAAAAACCAGCGAGCUUCUUCAUAAAACCACACAUCCUCUCUUCACUUCUCACAAACCAUGGAAACUGCAACCCUUCCAUGGAAACAUCGCUUACUCAUUGCCCUCCUUUCCACCCUCGCCGACGCCUCUCGACGCUCCGACGCCACCAUCAACCGCCGCCUCUUCAGCCUCACCGACCGCAAGGCCCCCGCUAUCCCCACCUCCGUCCACGCCCUCUCCUCCUCCGACGUCACCGUUCACGCCGCCCGCAACCUCUGGUUCCGCCUCUUCAUCCCCUCCUCCUCCGCCGCCUCCCUCCCCGUCAUCGUCUACUUCCACGGCGGCGCCUUCGCCUUCUUCGCCGCGGACUCCGCCCCCUACGACGCCGUCUGUCGCCUCCUCUGUCGCUCCCUUAACGCCGUCGUCGUCUCCGUUAACUACCGCCUGGCACCCGAACACCGUUACCCCGCGCAAUACGACGACGGUGUCGACGUCCUGAAAUUCCUCGACCAAAACGGCGCCGUUUUGCCUCGUUCCGCUGACGUCAGCAAGUGUUUUUUGGCGGGGGAUAGCGCGGGUGCCAACCUGGCACACCACGUGGCGGUUCGGGUUUCCAAAGAGGGGCUCCGAACCGUGAAUGUCAUCGGGUUGGUUUCGGUUCAACCCUUUUUCGGAGGAGAGGAGCGGACCCAAUCCGAAAUUGAAUUGACCCGGGUUCCGAUUAUUUCGGUGGAUCGGUGCGAUUGGCACUGGAAGGCGUUUUUGCCGAAUGGGUUGGGCCGGGACCAUGAAUCGGUUAACGUGAGUGGGCCCAAUGCGGUGGAUAUUUCGGGCCUGGAUUACCCGAAUACGAUUGUGUUUAUGGGUGGGCUUGACCCGUUGCGCGAUUGGCAAAGGAAGUAUUAUGAGUGGUUAAGGAAAUCGGGGAAGAUGGCUGAGUUAAUCGAUUAUCCAAACGCCAUUCACGCUUUUUACUUGUUUCCUGAUUUGCCUGAGACUUCUUUCUUUGUUUCUCAAGUGAAGGAGUUUAUGAUCAAGCAAAUGUCCAAUGUGAACUGAAGCUUAUUAUUUUGGUAAUUUAAUUACUAGUCCAUGUAAUGAUUUGUAUUUUCAACAACUUUCUUCUCUUAUAUAGAAAAUGUGAGCUAUAAUGUUUCCUA